AUGCCAGCCCCCAUCAGAUUGAGGGAGCUAAUCCGGACUAUCCGGACAGCCAGGACUCAGGCUGAGGAACGAGAGAUGAUACAGAAGGAAUGUGCUUCAAUUCGUUCUUCAUUCAGAGAAGAAGAUAACUACCGUUGUCGAAAUGUGGCAAAACUAUUGUAUAUGCAUAUGCUAGGAUAUCCUGCACACUUUGGACAGCUGGAGUGCCUAAAACUGAUAGCCUCACAGAAAUUUACAGACAAACGAAUUGGUUAUCUAGGUGCAAUGUUACUGCUUGAUGAACGGCAAGAUGUCCACUUGCUCAUGACAAAUUGUAUUAAAAAUGAUUUGAAUCAUAGUACUCAAUAUGUCCAAGGUUUGGCACUCUGCACACUUGGCUGCAUGGGAUCAUCGGAGAUGUGCAGAGAUCUUGCAGGAGAAGUGGAAAAAUUACUAAAGACAUCCAACUCCUACCUAAGAAAAAAGGCAGCAUUGUGUGCAGUGCAUGUAAUUAGGAAAGUGCCUGAACUCAUGGAAAUGUUUCUGCCAGCUACAAAAAAUCUGCUGAAUGAAAAAAAUCAUGGUGUCCUUCACACAUCUGUCGUACUUCUCACUGAAAUGUGUGAGCGAAGUCCUGACAUGUUGGCACACUUCAGGAAAUUGGUUCCUCAGCUUGUUCGGAUCCUGAAAAACCUUAUCAUGUCUGGCUACUCACCAGAACAUGAUGUCUCUGGCAUUAGUGAUCCUUUUCUUCAGGUUCGAAUAUUGCGGUUAUUACGAAUGUUAGGAAGAAAUGAUGAUGACUCAAGUGAAGCUAUGAAUGACAUCCUUGCACAGGUUGCAACAAACACAGAAACCAGCAAAAAUGUGGGUAAUGCAAUUUUAUAUGAAACCGUUUUGACUAUUAUGGACAUCAAGUCAGAGAGUGGACUGAGGGUAUGUAGCAUAAGUUUUAGCCAUCAAUAUCUUGGGCGAUUCUUGCUAAACAAUGACAAAAAUAUUAGGUAUGUGGCACUAACAUCGCUGCUCAAAACUGUCCAAACAGAUCAUAAUGCAGUCCAAAGACACAGAAGUACAAUAGUGGAUUGUUUGAAGGACUUGGAUGUAUCAAUUAAAAGGCGUGCAAUGGAGCUGAGCUUUGCUCUUGUAAAUGGAAAUAACAUUAGAGGAAUGAUGAAGGAAUUGCUCUAUUUCCUGGAUUUAUGUGAUCCUGAAUUCAAAGCAGAUUGCGCAUCUGGCAUCUUUCUUGCAGCAGAGAAGUAUGCACCAUCUAAGAGAUGGCACAUAGACACAAUAAUGAAGGUCUUAACAACGGCUGGAAGUUAUGUACGAGAUGAUGCGGUGCCUAACUUGAUCCAGUUGAUAACCAACAGUGUUGAAAUGCAUGCCUAUACAGUACAGAAACUUUACAAAGCUGUCCUGGAAGAUAUCUCUCAGCAACCUCUUGUACAAGUGGGUGCUUGGUGCAUGGGAGAGUAUGGUGACCUUUUAGUUUCUGGCCAAUGUGAAGAAGAGGAGCCUAUUCAGGUGACAGAAGAUGAAGUUAUGGAUGUAUUAGAAAACGUACUACAGUCUAACAUGUCAACCUCUGUAACAAGGGGCUAUGCUCUCACUGCAAUUAUGAAACUAAGCACAAGAUUUACUGUAAAUGUGAAUCGAAUCAAGAAGAUCAUAUCUAUCUAUGGAAGCAGCAUAGAUGUGGAACUUCAGCAAAGGGCUGUUGAAUAUAAUGCACUUUUCAAAAAAUUUGAUCACAUGAGGUCUGCACUGCUGGAGCGAAUGCCUAUAAUGGAGAAGAUAACAACUAAUGGGCCUACAGAAAUUGCACAGACUAAUGGAGAGGCAGAACCCAUAAUAGUGGAUACUAAAUUAGCAUCUAGUACCACUCAGCCUUCUAGCCAGGCCAAUGACUUACUGGAUUUGCUUGGGGGAAGUGAUGUGACACCAGUGAUUCAGACCCUCCCACCCAGUAAACCAAACUCAGUUGGAGGAGAACUUUUGGAUCUGCUAGGAGGGCUGGAUUUAUCAGGGGGUAGCAUGCCAUUAAAUGUCCAAGCUCCACAAUUUCCACAGGCACCAUUUCUGUUGGAUGGUUUAGCGUCUCAGCCGGUCUUCAAUGAUCUAAGUUCAGGCAUUCCUUCCGUUACAGCAUACAGCAAAGGUGUUAAAAUUGAUUUUAACUUUGAACGUUCCAAUACGAAUCCUAAUGUAACUGUCGUUACUAUAAAUGCUACCAACUCCACAGAAGGAGACAUGACGGACUUUGUAUUUCAAGCUGCAGUACCAAAGACAUUUCAACUGCAGCUUCUUUCUCCAAGUAAUAACGUAAUUCCAGCACGAAAUGCAGGAGCUGUCACACAGGUCAUUAAAGUGCUCAAUCCACAGAAGCAACAACUUCGUAUGAGGAUCAAGAUCACGUAUAACCUCAAUGGAUCACCGGUGCAAGAUUUAGCAGAAGUAAAUAACUUCCCUCCUCAGUCAUGGCAGUGAUUUUUUUUUGUUGGAAGGCAACACCCCUCUUUUCACCCAGUGGAUUUUGGUAAAUCAUUGGGAAGAUCGUAUCCUAAGUGUGCCUACACGCACAUCUUAAUAUGAGUCUGGAAUGUGGGAUACAAAAAUAAUGAACAAUUCUGAAGAAUAUCAUGCCUACAAUUGCUAUUCAUUUUUCAAAACAUAUCCAUGUUAGUCUCUAUCAGCAACAUGCUCAUCGUUGGAGUAUCAGCCCAUGGUAUGCACUACACAUUGUUUCUGCUUUACCCUACUGAUCUUUGCAGAACUUGGAACAAUUACACAGGAGGUGUGAUCUGGUUAGUGCUACCCUAGAGUCAGUAAGAGUUCAGCGGUUUUACAAGAUUUCGGAGUCAAGAUAUCAAGAAGCCAUUUCCUCUUGUCACUCGCACAUUUAUUGGGAACUGGAGUAGAGAGCAUUAUAAAUUGAUUGGUGGGUUCUGUACUGUAAUGAUUUUCAAUUCAUUCUGGAAUGGAUCUUUCAUAAUAAAAUGUCCAAUGGUCUUCAGAAGCAUUUUUGCCCUCUUAGCAUUUACCUGUGAACAGUACAGAUUAUUAAUUGGAUAAUGACACUCAACCAAAAAUGUACUUGUACAGAUGGUCCCCAGGUUACGGCAGUGUUCUGUUCCCCUGAAUUGUUCGUAACCCGAACAGUUCUCGAGUAAGAAAUGCAGCCACCAACUGAGUUACCAGACAACAAGUGAUGCCUGUGGCUCUACAGCAGCCAGCAAAUCCAUACUGCCAGUCUCCCAAACACUUGAUCAUAUGCACAGGCUGUUUAUAAGAUGGGGAGGACCUGGAGUGGUAGGGGAUUGCUGAUGCUUGCUAACUCGGUUCAUUUUCUGAAUUUUAAUAAUGAGCGCUAAAUGUCUGAUAUUCAAGUUUAGUGGUAAACAAAGAACCUGAAGUGAAUUAUUAUUCUCCUGAUCUGAAAAACAAUAUCUCAUUUUUCAAAAACCUAAACUAGGGAAUUAGAUCUGCACAGAGAUUAGCAAACUUUUUCACUUUUCUGAACUGGCAUUUAUGAUUCAUAUUUUUUUUGUUUUGGAAGUUGAUUAUUUCUGUCAACAAAAUGUCUGCAAAACAUUAGCAAACAUUUCAGCCUCAAAGUCUGAUCCAUUUAAAAUCAAGUGACAAGGUUUCGUGUUUCCAGGACAACUUUAUGUAUAUCAUGAAAUGCCAUUUUGUUGUUAUUAUGUAACAAUUAUUUUGGAGUAAUGGACUUUAGAAAUGGCAAAAACUGAAUUUCUGCUGGAUAUAUAUUUUAGUCAUUUUGUUAAUUGGUAUCCCAUGAAUCUUCAUCAGCGAAUCCUUUGAAAAUGAACUAGAUAGGGUUUUCAAUUUCAUGGACUUAAUUGCAGAAUGGUUCUUGAUAUAUUUGCAAAUAGAUGCAUUAACUCAAAUGUAUUAAAACGAUUGGGAUUAAGUAACAAAUUUAGAAUACUUUGUAAUGGCUCUCUAAAUGAAGAGUUAUUGCAAUUCAACGCUUUACCCAACAAAUAACAAGUAUUAAAGCAAAAUGCCUAAUAAACAAACAUCAUGACCUUGCUUUUGGUGUGAAGUUUAAACUGGCUUAUAAGAUUAGUUUAAAAAAUGUUUAAGUAUCCAAAAAGAGCAGGUCACCUGCUCUGAAAAUAUUACUUCUGCUUGCUAUUUUAUUUGAUCUUUUGGUUGGUAGGAUGGGGUUAAGCAAAAUGGGUUAUUUUUAUCAGAAACAUUCGAUAGUCUUUGACGAGUCCUGAAUGUACUACAGCAGUUGAUGGUAUAUCUACUUGAUGCUCUUGCUCUUACUGCCUGCAUCUAUAAAAGUGUAACUGUUUCAGUAAACUUUACAGCAAGGGUAGGUUGAAGUUUUUAAAUUUAGGGUGCCAUAUAAAAGACGAGAACUGUUCCUGGUCUUAAAGAGGAUUAAUAUGUACAGUAACUGUUCUGCACACAGUAUCUAAGCUACAGUGUGUUUUUGUAAGCACAGUGUGAAAUCAAACUAGUUACUUGGAGCAUCGUGACUGCUUCCUGCUUACGAAACCCAGUGGUUAACUGAAUGGAAGAAUGGAUUCUCUGCUAUUAUACCUGUUGUGUUGAAAAUAACAUUUAGAGUUUAAAGUUAUCAUAUUCCUUAGUUUUAAUACAUGAAAUCAUAAUGUUGUGAUUUUCUACUUUGGUUCAUUUUGAUCUCAGAGUAAAGGAAACAUGGAAAUUGCUGGGAAUGCCUUGUUAACAUAUUUAAUUUAGAUAUUUGUGUAGGAGCAUAAAUUACAGGACAUAGCUUACCUGUUCGUAAUUAUGGAUUGUUAUUAUCUCCAUGCUUCAUUACAAUGUUAAUUAACAUUGAGCUAACUUUAUUAGUUCAGUACCAUAAUUAAAUAGGUGUGGCUGUGCCAUCUGCAUUUUAAAAAAUAUGUAUAAUUUUCUAAAAAAAGUAAAUCAAUUUUUUAACAGGCCAUUAGUAAAUUCAUAAUAUUUAAUAACCUCUAUGGCAGUGUAAAUUUGCAUUUAUAAAAAUGCAUUGAAUACAGUUAACCAGUUAGAUGGAAGUAGUUUUUGUAAUUAAUUUAAUAUGAUAAACCAUCCAUUGUCCAUUUAAAGAUUUCAGUUAAUCUGUGAUGGAAGUGGUAGUAAUUGAUUAGCUAUUAAAAUAUUGCUACUGUGUAAGAAACAUUAGGCAAAGAAAUAUGUAGCAACUUACUCCUCAUCCUCCCCUGAGUAGGUUGAUUAAUUGAUGUGUUAUGGGCUCUUACAAGUAUUGCGAUGGUUGAAGAGAUUUCCAUUAAGAUAGCAACAGUGACCUUAUUACAGAUAUGUACAGCAUGCUGGCACUUACGUUAAAUGCUGAUGACAAAUACCUUGGCACUCUUUAGAAAUUAUUUUCUAGUUUAUUGCAGACCAGGAUAUAUUUUAAGGUAGAGCGUAAAAUCAAAGUAAAAAUUUUGCAUUUGUUGAAAAUCUGAAAUAGAAAAUAUGGGAAGUAAUCAGCUGGUUGGGCAGGACGUGGAGAGUAAAAUAGUUGAUGUUUUAAAGCUGUGACCUUUGACAGCUGAUAAAGGUCAUUGACCUGAAACAUUAAUGUUGUUUGGUUAUACGGUCAUUUAAUUACUUCCUCUUUGGCAGGGAUUCAAAUGCUUUUAGUCCAUACCAAGGAUAUUAAUGUUUUCAAUUUCUUUUUUAGUGUAGUUUAGAAUCUCCAGACAUUUUUCUACUAUUUAGUGCAGCACAUCUUUUCUCAUCAGUUGGUAAUGUGCUGGAACCUCGGCUAUUAUAUAAGUUAAUGAGCAUCUGUGAGGAAUAGUUAAAUAACUUCUGAGUUUGUUCAUCAUGAUCUUAUCUACUUUUGGUCACUUUUUCUUUGUUUCGCUUCUACCUAAGCCGUUAACUGAACGUGGUCCAGAAAUUGAACAUAUUGACUUGAGAUUGUGUCCUAUGUAUACAGUUUUUUUUAAUGUAAUUAACAAAGUCAUUCAUUAUCCUUAAACAGAAAACAUGGAAUUUAUCUAAAUUGGAAUACUUAAAAAGAAUGCUGUCUGCAUAUGAUUUUAAUAUCCCAGUUUUGAAUUGUAGGUAGGCCAACAAGAUGUAUGUACAUUAAAGAAAUAUUCCCACAAAGCAAGGCCACUAACCUGUUAAUCUUUUCCAAAUUAUGCUAUUAUUCAAAUUCACCAUAGCACAAGAUUUUUAAAAGUUUUGGUGAUUUGAGUUCCAAGCACUGGUGGGUGUAAAUAUUAAAAUGAGUGAAAAGGAGAUGCAAGCACUCCCAUGCUGUUGUAUAGAGACUUUCAUAUUGAAUGUAUUGGAGAAAUGCGUAGUGUCUAAUAAUAUUUGAAGAGGGGGGCAGUUUAAUUAAAUAUUUGUAUUAUUGAAGUCUGCUCGUGACUUUUUAAUGAAGUGGUGGAUAAGAUUGAGAAAUAAAGCAGACAUUUUGACUACUGAUUAAAUUCCUUUCAUACACUGUGCAAUAAAGUCAAAAUGUGGGUCAGCAUGUUUUAAAAUUUUGUGUUGAUCUACUAACAUCUGUUUUUAUUGCUUUGAAUCUUUGUGCUGAGAGCAAAAGAUAGCUGUUUCUGCACUUGCACCUUUCUAAUGCUGUACAGCCUUCAUUUUUGAACCCAUAGAUUUGCUUUAUCACUAACUUCAAAGCUCUAUGAGUUCAGCUUUCAUUUUGUUGCUGGAUCAUGGACAACAAAGUGUUUUGAGUACUGAAGAGAUUUUUUUAAUCAUGGCUUAUAUUCAUAGAAGGUGUAAAUGUUCACUUUUAUUGUGGGAUUGCUUUAUUAAAUUUUAUGGAUGCGUUCAAGAAUUUUGAAUUGGGUUAAGCAUGUGUUAAUAUACAUGAGUUAAUGGAGUUUUUAGUCUUAAAUUAUCUGCCAGCACCUUAAUUACUGCCAGAUUAGUUCAUUUACUUAAGUUGAUGAUAAGGCUAAAUCAGUGCAGAAAAUUUCUUUCACAAAGAUUAUUCCUCAUUGGAGAUUAUUUCAUGCAAUAGACUUUGCUAGUAUGCUACAUAUUUUUAACUACCAAGCCAACAUAGCUGUGGGAAAGGAGUUUCAUUGUGAUGUGUAACAUAUACCCGAAUCUGGCAGUUUGUGCAAAUUGCUAUCCCUUUUAGUGGCUGUAUGCUUUUUUCCCCCAUUAUAAAAGAAAAUACGGUUAUCAGGUUUAUGGAGGAGUGCAGCUCCACUUGCCUGCUAUUCUUUCCUAGAGAAAAGUUUCAGAAGCAUUAUAAAAAUUGAGGGGUAAAUACUUAAGAAGCUAAGUUUGAGAAUAAAAGUUGCCUUGAUCUGAAACAAAAUGUAUAAAAUACAGGUAAGAGUUGUCUAACUUUGGGGACUUGUUUGAACUAUCCGUACCUCUUUAAAAAUUGUCAGGAUGCAUGAUUUAAUGUGUAAAUAGCCUUAUUCAUAUUUUAUUUCUAUUACCUGAUGCGUUACAGCAAAUUUUACUGAUGAAACUGAACCUACAGUUUUGAAAGCUGGCAUUCCAUUGUUCUACUUUAAGAUUGCUUUGUUACUGUACCACAUGAUACGGAGAGAGGGAAUUAAGUCUUCAAUUGCAUCAAAUUUUUCCACUUCUUCCAUUUCAUAAGAUGUGCCUCACCUGUGAUUCUUUAUCCUUAACUAUAUUGUAAGUUUUAUGAAAUACGUCUAUCAUUGGGAAAAUAAACAAUUACUACAAGCUUAUUUUUGAGAUAUUGUACAAAAUGAUGUCCAUUUGAUCUUGAAGUGGAUGGGACAUAAAAGUUAAACACUUAACUGGGUCAUUUUAGAUUUGUAUGUUUUGUCUUUUGGGUUGCAAAAAUUGAUCAUUGACUAAUAAAAUAAAUGGAAAAGUC